CCUUGCAGAUUCAUCAGGAUGAACCACCAGGGUGCACCGAGACUCCUGGACCUGGCUGUGCAGAGCCUGGUGAGAAAUGAAGCCUUGGCCAUAUCUGCUCUGGAGGAGCUGCCCGAGGAGCUCUUCCCACCGCUGUUCCUGGAGGCCUUCACCAGGAGACGCAGCAGAGUCCUGAUGGCGAUGGUGCAUGCCUGGCCCUUCACCUGCCUCCCGCUGGGGUCCUUGAUGAAGACACGUGACCUAGAGACAUUGAGAGCUGUGCUGGAUGGGCUGGAUGCACUGCUCACCCAGAAGGUUCAGCCCAGGAGGUCGAAACUGCAAGUGCUGGAUUUGCGGGAUGUGGAUGAGAACUUCUGGACUGUGUGGUCUGAAGGGGUGGCCCAUACCUGCUUAUCAAACGCCCUGGGUAAGAGGAAAACAGGGAAGGACUGUCCAGGUUCUGGAAGGGAGAAGCCCUUCGAGGUGAUUGUGGAUCUCUGCCUCAAGGUGAAAACAUUGGAUGAAUCCCUCACCUACCUCUCACUGUGGGCCAAGCAGAGGAAAGAUUUUGUUCAUCUGUGCUAUAGGAAGCUGGACAUUCUUGCAGGGGCCUUGAAGAUAAUCACAACUGAUCUACAAACAGUGAACCUGGACUGUAUCGAGGAGGUGGGGGUGAUUUGCCAUUGGAAUUUGCCCACCCUGGGACGUUUUGCUUCUUACCUGGGCCGAAUGCGUCACCUUCGGACACUCCUUGUCUCCCACGUCAAUGUGCCUGCCUAUCUUUCCCUGGUGAUGCAGAAGAAGUACGUGUCCCAGUUUGCCACUUCAUUCCUGAAGCUGGACCAUCUCCAGGCGCUUCAUCUGCACUCCGAUUCCUUCCUUGAAGGCCGCCUGGACCAGGUGCUCAGGUGCCUCAGGACCCCGUUGGAGACCCUCUCAAUAAGCCACUGCCCACUUUUAGAAUCAGACAUGAGCCAUCUGUCCUGGUGCCCGACCCUCACUCAACUAAAGCACCUGGUCUUCAAUAAUGUGAGACUGACCGAUUUCAGCCCUGAGCCCCUUCAACUUCUCCUGGAGAGAGUCGCUGCCACUCUGCAGACCCUGGACCUGGAGGACUGUGGGAUCUCUGAUGCCCAACUCAGAGUCAUCCUGCCCUCCCUGAGCCGCUGCUCCCAGCUCACAACCUUCAGCUUCUGCGGGAACCAGAUCUUCAUGCCAGCCCUGGAGGACCUGGUACGCCACACUGUUGGGCUGAGCAAGUUUAGCACGGGGCUGUACCCUGUGCCUCUGGAGAGCUAUGAUGCUUCCGGAAUUUUCUACCAGGAAAUACUUGCCAGAUUUGCGGCUAAGCUGAGGCAGACACUGAGUGACUUGCAGUCAAAGAGCAUCUUCUUUGGCACAGUCCCCUGUCCUGAGUGUGGCAACGGACUCUUCUAUGACUUGGACAUGGUUCGGCAUUGCUGCUGA